AUGGCAAGAAAUAUAUCAUUAAAAUUACUAGUUUUUGUAUUAUUUUCUCUAACUAUUGCUUGCUCCGCCGAAUGGAGAUCGUACAAUGGUUAUGGUAACAACCUUAAAGACCCAACCCUUGGUAUGGCAAAUACCACUUUCCUCCGUUCUGUAAAACCAAGUAGAUACAACGCUUUUGGAUAUCUCAAUCUUUCCAUUCCCAGUGCCAGAUAUGUCAGUAAUAAUGUAAUGGAUCAGCCAUUCGAAAUCGCUUCCCAUGAAGGUUUAACUGAUUUAUUCAAUAUGUUUGGACAGUUUUUAAUUCAUAAUAUGGCAUUUGCACAACCAGAUACAAACACACCUUGGCCAAUUACCGUUCCAGAGUGUGAUGAAUAUUUCGAUCCAUGGUGUAGUGGAAACCAAACUAUGAGUUAUUUUAGAACUAGAGUUGCCCUAGUCGAUUGUGCUAAAGGUAAUACCAAUCCACAAGAAGACGGUAGAUGUUAUGAACAAAUCAAUGCACUUUCCUCCUUUAUCGAUGCCAAUCCAGUUUAUGGAUCAACAAAAGAAACUGCUGAUUUAUUAAGAUCUUUUUCCGGUGGUCAACUUAGAGUAUCAAAAGACCCACAUGGUGAUAUGCCACCAAGAGGAAUCAAGGGUGUUACAAUUGAUAAUGAUGCUAGACGUGUUCCUAUCGACCAGUUGUUCACUGUAGGAGAGAAGAGAGGAAACGAGAAUCCAGGUUUGAUGUCCAUCCAUACCAUCUUCUUACGUGAGCACAACCGUUUGGCAAAGAAAUUCUCUGGACUCAAUAGCAGUAUGACCGACGAAGAGAUCUACCAAAAGACAAGAAGCUGUAUUAUAGAGCAAGUUCAAGCAUUGACCUACAAUGAAUACCUCCCAAUGAUCCUUGGUCACAAGAUGCCGGACUACAAAGGUUACGACGAGAAUGCCGAUCCACGUAUCUCCAAUGAGUUUACCACCGUUGCAUUCAGAUUCGGUCACAGUGAAGUCGGUCCAGUCAUUGAGAUGGGUAACCGUGACGGUAGCUUCGGUACUCCUUUGCCAAUCCGUGACUCCUACUUCAAUCCAAAUGCACUGUCCGACGGAAUCGAGCCAAUCAUCCGUGGUCUCGCUUUCAAAGUAGAGCAAAAUGUCGAUCCCUACAUGAUUUCCGAUCUUCGUAACUUCCUCUUUGGUAAACCAGGUCAAGGUGGAUUCGAUUUGGCCUGUCGUAACAUUCAGCGUGAACGUGACCACGCCAUUCCAUCGUACAACAAGUACCGUAGUCUUCUCGGUUUGCCAUCGGUCAAGAGAUGGUCAGACAUCUCGAGAGAACCAAUCAUUCAGAGCAAUUUGAGAUACACCUACGACAACAAGCUCGAUAAUGUCGACCUCUUUGUUGGAGGUCUCGCCGAAAAUCAUGUUCCAGGUGGAUGUGUCGGUCAAACCUUCUACACAAUGAUCCUCGAACAAUUCACUCGUUCAAGAUCUGCUGAUAGAUUCUGGUACGAAAGAGAAAACAUGAAGGAAAUCAAUCAACAAUGUGAAAGAACAACAUUCAGAGAGUUGAUUCGUAGAAAUACUAAUGAUAUCGGUCCAAUUCAAAAUAAUGUAUUUAAAGUUCCUACUGAUUUAUAA